AUACAAAAGGCAUUGAGAAGUAUGAGAAAUAAAUGAAGAAGAGGAAUAACAAUUCAUCAGUCCAUCAUCACUUGGAUGAAAAAAGAGAAUGCCAAAGUGGAUGACAAAGUUGGCAUCGUUUCAUGUCUCAUCUUCUCCUCUGCAGCUUUCUUUCAUAGGCAUUCUUAUUCUAUGUGUUACUAGUCUUGUACGUAUUCUGUUUAGGCUGCUUAAAGGAAAGCUAUUUUAUCGUGUAAACAAUAACAACUUGGCACUGGACCCCUUAGAAUUUCGUUCUUUUCGACUCAUCGAAAAGGCUGUCGUCACUCCGAAUGUGAGACUCUUUCGUUUUGCAGCCUCCCAUCCAGAACAACUUGUCAAUGUACCUCUAGGCAAACACAUAUAUGCCAGAGCUUGGAUCAACGGAAAGGAAGUAAGAAGACCUUAUAAUCCCAUCAAUAAACCCAAUCAAGUGGGUGGUUGUUUUGAUAUUUUGGUCAAGAUUUAUCCAGCUCCGUACGGUCUCUUUUCUAGAUAUUUAGACUCAUUAAAGGAUGGUGAUUGUGUCGAAUUCCGUGGUCCGAAAGGCAAAUUCGAGUAUCAAAGAAAUAUGAAGAAACGUCUUGGAAUGAUAGCUGGAGGAACUGGAAUAACUCCUAUGUAUCAGUUGAUAGAGACGAUACUGAAUGAUCCAUUGGAACGAACACAAAUAAGUUUGAUAUAUGCUAAUCAUACGGAACAAGAUAUUAUCUUUAGAAACAAAUUGGAAUCUUUUGCAUCUCAAUUCCCCAAUCGACUGAAGCUCUAUUUUGUGUUGAAUCAACCGCCUAAUUCAUGGUCUCAAGGGAUAGGUCUUAUCAAUGAAAAGCAUAUACAACAUCACAUAGGUUAUGCAUCUCCUUCUACUAGGAUUUUGGUUUGUGGUCCACCUGCAAUGACCAAAGCUAUGAUGAUAUUGUUGAACAAAUUGGGCUACAAAGGAGAAGAUAUUUUCAAGUUUUAAAAUUUAUUCUUCUGUAGAAUGAUUGUCUUCGUCCAUUGUGGAUAUUCUUUCCGGUUCUUGUCCAUCAAAAUAUCUUUCUUCGAUAUCAUUCUGUAUCCAUUCCAUCCCAUCAUAAUCUUCAUUGUUGUCUAUAGAAGAGUAAUCAAAGAAUGUUGCAUCAUGUCCAUUUAGAAACCGUUGUCUCAUAAUAACCAAAAGUUCUUCUCUGCUUUGUUGAAAAUCAUCCAACGUCCAAUUGGAAAUAUCACUUUCAUUCUCUUCAUCACUUGUUCCUCAAUAUAAUUCCUUUCGCUUGACCGAUAUUACUCAAAGGAUAAAGACGUUUUCUUUGAA